AUGGAUGCCAGAGAGAUGGCCGACGACAGUCCCUCGCAGACGACCUCCUCUCGUUCAUCGAGGUGGGAUUUGCCUCUCCCAAAGGGAAGGCAUGAGAAGGGCUAUGAGCCAACCGACCUCGCCGACGAGAGUCCUGAGGAACAGCAAGACCUGUUGCAGGAAGGCCUCAAACCGUUCUUCUGGAGGCCAGCUCGGCGCGUCUCCGCUGCCCUGGUGGCCGUUUCUGGCUUCGCUGCCGUCCUGGCUGUGGGGGGCCGGGGCGACUGGUUGGGCUCCAGGCAAGGUAUGCCGAGACCGAUGAUGCGAGAUGUGAGCCGACUCCCUUUGUCACAGAAGUGGCUGCCGACGAAGCAAGAGCAAGUGCUUUCCUUCAAGAAGUGGAUGAAAGCCUGGCACGUAGUUCCAGGAGAGCUGACCCCGGUGAUCUACCACACCUACUCGCAUCAUCCCCAAUUCAUACAGGAGAGCGCCGCAAAGACUGAACUGAUCAGGUGGCAGAUCGCUCACGAGUGUCCACAGCAACUGGUGGGAUACAGCAUUGAGCCUGCUUCGCCUGGGCUCACCCUGGACGCCUACCUCAUGCGCUCCGAGAAGAAUGUCUCUUCCGCGGCCCAGUGCCAGUAUAGCUGCACUGAAGAGGAGGAUUGCACCGCCUGGGUCUAUGCUGCAACUGGCAUUUGGGCGAAGAACUGCUGGAGGAAAAGCAUCGCAGACGGAAAGUUCCGAUACCUGGAGAACAAGGAGGUCAUUUCAGGUGAGCCUUGCAGCAAGGAGGUGAAGCCAUACUGGUGGCCCAACAACGACCAGGAUCUCUACAAUUUGCCCCUUCCUCCGCCGCAGGGGAACCAGCUGGAGCCGAUACAUUGCCUCGGCCAGCUUGACAUGAAAUCCUGCAGCUCCGACAUGGCGAGAUACAUGUGGCACAUGCCCUGGCCGCUGAGCGUUCUCCGGCACGGGGAAGACAUGCGUUGCUGCGCGCCUGCCGAGAUCGGCAAUGUGGCAGAUUCCUGUCCACAAGACUUCAGCCCCAUCCGCACCGGCAACGAGUGCGGCGGGUAUGAUGCCGGAGAGAUCGGCUGCUGCCCGUACGAGGAAGUGGAGGGUCAGAAAACGGACACCAUGCACUGCGUGAUGCUUUUCCUGCCUUACACGCCGGAGCAGGAGUUGGUCUUGAUGCAGUACCAGAUGGAGGUGGGCAUUUUCCGCUGCGACAGCUGGGCCUUGUACAGCAGCCAGGCGAUCGAGCUUGCUGCCGGGGUGGUCUCACGGCGUGUCCACAGCAACCUCAUGUGUGAAGUUGGUGGACAGUUCAUCACCGCUCUGAACCUCGGCAUCUUCCUUGCACUGUACAGGCAGAUUCUCUUGGACCAAGACUUCCUCAGCGCCGAAUGGCUAGUCAAGGUCGACCCCGACACCGUGUGGGCGCCCACACGCCUGCGACACUACCUGCGGGAGCACAGCUGGGGAAUUGGCGGCGAUGGCAUCUAUUUCAACAACUGCGAGGAGGGGCUCCACGGCCCCAUCGAAGUCUUUUCCAAGAACGCCUUCAUUUCUGUGGGUCGUGCUGCGCAGCGUUGCAAAGCAGCCUACGAUCAGCAGGAGUGCAGUGACAAUUGCACUGGCGUGUGGGAACAGACCAAGUACUGCAACGGCCCUUGCAUCCAAUGGUGGGGGGAGGUUGCACAAAGACCGUACGACUAG